GUAAAUACAUCUUAAUUUCCCUGUGAUGUGUAUGAUGUUUUGUUUGGAAUAUUAAAAUUGCAGAAAAGACUUCUUAACCUUAAGAUGAAUUGGACUUCGCGUACAAAAUGCUACUUUCGAGUGGUUUUGGCAAUGGUAGCUAUGGCUACAUCGAUGAUGCUGGUUUACAGCAUAAUGGAUGAGGAGUUGGACGAUACGUGGGACAAUAUACAUGUAUCCGAGACACAGGAAUGUCUUCAUAAAUUGGUUCUCACCUCAGGAAAAGAUGCAAAAGAGACUUCCAUUGCAAAAUCCAUACUAACAGAGAGAAGUGACAUACAGGAUUUGAACAGGAUUUGAAAUAUAUUGUGUACGAUUGUAGUAGCAGUGUUGUGUGGUCUUUCUGUGGUGGGUGGUCAGACAGAAUGUCGGGAAUCCUCUCAACAUUCACAAUAUCCCUUCUGACGAAACGACGUUUCCUGAUUAAUAUUAACAGCCCAUGUCCUCUUCAUGACUAUCUCAUCCCAGCACAUUUUGAAUGGCGAUAUAAUUCGUCAAUACUUACAAACAGAACAAGUUCAUAUCAAGACCUUACUCUUGACCGCUCUGCUAAGAUCAGAAGUUAUCUCUCAGGAAUCAGCAACAUCAACAAAUAUUUCAAGCGUGACGUUAACUUUGUUCGGGUGAACUGGGACUUUACAGAGGAAUUCAGAAAAAGGCCACACAUUGGAUGUGAAAUUCCGUGGAUUACGAAAUUGCAGUAUGCUGACAUGUACAAACAGCUUUAUAAUUUCCUCUUUAAGCCAUCGCCUUUCCUUGUUCGAGCAUUAAAUGAUUUUGACCGAACUCAACGAACACGACAUAAGAUAGCGUGUGCCCAUGUACGUUUUGGUGGUAAUAUAAAUAUGCCAUUUGACUACAAACGAGUUAAACUACCGUUAGGCAUGUUGUGGAAUUAUUUUGACAAUUUAGACAAAGAAGAAUAUGACUUCUUUGUUGCUUCCGAUACCAACGGUGUGAAGCAUUUGGCUAAGCAACGCUAUCCUGGAAACAUGAUAGAUACCCCAGGACAAAUAACACACAUUGACCAGCCCUCUCUUAAUAAUCAACGCGAGGGGUUCAUGAAACAGCUGCUAGACUUCUACACAUUGGUAAGAUGUGAUAUACUCAUUAUUACAUCAAGCGGUUUUGGAAUGCUGGCCGCGUAUAUCAGGGAGGUAGACACCGGAUUGUAUUGUUGGAUUGGAAGAGACAUUAGACCAUGUUCCAGGUACACGAUCCAUAACACGUUUCCAGGUGAAAUGUUGGCACCUGGUUCUUAGGGUAACGAGAAUUUCUCCAACCAAGGAGAUUUAAUUAAUAACUACAGGUUACAUAAAGUAUAUACGGGGUUUACUCCAUUUGGACACCAGGUAAACUUUGUGGUACACAGAGUGCACACAUUUUUUGUGUAUUUAUUUUGUAAUGUAUUGUCAAAAAAAAAACAGUACCAUACAAAUGAGUUACUGAACAAAUCUGUGCAUUCAGUGUCAGAGCUUUUAGUAGACCCUUGACAGCAAGUAAUUUCAGAAGUUUAUUACCACUUUGUUUUAAUCAGACCUACAAGAUCGUAAGUCUACCUGCAGGUCACAUUCUGGCAAUCAGGGAUCCAUUUACCACUACUUAUACUAUAUAUAUAUAUCAAACAGUUUGUGUCCAACUUGACUACGGUUUUUAUAAAUUAAUUCUGAAAAGAACACUAUAUAUACCUUGCGGGAUUUUAAUGAACAAAGUGAAUA